ACUGUGGAAGAAAUGAUGCCUCACGUCCAACACAUGGAAGGAGGUCACAGUAAAAACCUCUUCCUUAAAGACAAAAAGAAGAAAGGCUUCUGGCUGGUGACUCUCCUGCACAACAGGCAAAUCAACUUAACUGAUCUCGCGAAAAAACUGGGUGUUGGAAGCGGGAACCUGAGGUUUGCUGAUGAAAACUCCAUGCUGGAAAAGCUGAAGGUGGGCCAAGGCUGUGCCACACCACUGGCGCUCUUCUGUGACCAGGGGGAGGUGAGGCUGGUGCUGGACGCUGCCUUCCUGGAGGGCGGCCACGAGAGGGUGUAUUUCCACCCAAUGACAAACUGUGCAACCAUGGGUUUGAGCCCUGACGACUUCUUGAAGUUUGUGAGAUCAACAGGGCACGAUCCCAUCAUCAUACGUUUUGAUGAGGACACGACGUAG